GUCUCAGCGACUAGGAUCUCUCAAGCAUACACUUACGUGGCUGGCUGCUAGAGGCUCUGCCUGCUCGAUUUCAUUCUGGUGUGAGUGUUGUGGGUGAGGCAGACGAGACUGGUGUUGUGAUGUCUUUAAGCAGAUACUACCAUCUCACUUAACAUGGCAAUGACUUUCCACUUAAUCCCUACCGGCUGAAUUUGAAAACAAUAUCCAAGCCUGGGACCACCCCUCAGUCGGCUCUCGAUGGCUUCUUCGAAAGCGGCCUUGAAAUCCAUCAAGGCUUCUCUCGAUGGAGACCGUUUCGAAAAAGCCGCCGAUCAGGCUGAGGAUCUGUUGAAACAAGACAACAAAAACCACACGGCCUUACUGUUUCUCGGAUUUGCAAGAGAGAAGUUGGGUGAUUUGGAUGCUGCAGAAAAGGCCAUUCGCAAAGCUGCCGACUGCAAACCUCAAGAUGUCCAGGCCUACAAGGGCUUGAUUACGCUCUAUGAGAAGCAGGGUAGCGCUAAAGUCGACCAAUAUCACGAUGUCGCAUUCAAACUCGCCGAGAUCUAUGCUCAGCAAGAGGAUAGAGCUCAAUGCCAGAAUGUCAUCGACAAAUAUGAGCUCUUUGCAAAGAAACACGGUACCAAACCACAAUACCGGCGGGCGCUGGAGCUUAUCCUGCCGACAUCUACCCUUUACCCGGUUCUAGAGGGUCAAAUCAUGCAGCCGAAUCUUACCUACCGGCGCAUCCUCGAAUCAGCGGAGGCAGAAGAGAAAGAGUGGGUAAAUACACAAAUUGGAGAGAGACGAACACGUUUGGGAGCGAAGAUUGACCAAGUAACGCGGCAAGUCAAGGCCGAAGCGAUCAGCCAAUUCCAAGUCGAAGAAAAAUAUGCGGCGCUCAUUGACUGGACUCGAGACGAUGAUGCGCGCCAUGAUCUUGAGCAAAAGUUGUUUCAGCGUAUGUAUGACAAUUUGCUUGUAGUACCACCAGAAACCAAGCAUCAGCAACGCGACAAAGUCUUGAACAUGGCCAACGGCAUGGUCAUUAUCAAACAGCCCUUCCUUCUGGCUUGGAAAGUUGCACUAGAAUGGGUCGAUGCAGAAAAUUUGAAAGAUUGGGAUGUCAACAUAUUCCGCGAAUACAUUAACUAUUUUCCGGAUGACGGUCUCAGCAAGAUUCUCAAAGGGUUCUUAGACAGCGACUUUUCACCAUUCCCGCAUCCAGCGGAGGAGCCAACUGAAGAGGAGGGGAAAGUUGGGAAAUUAAAUGACACCGACCGGCUUAUACUCAUGAAUGAGGGGCUCGAGGACUGUCCAGAGUCGCUUUUGGGUCACCGCCUAAUGGCAUGCACUUAUAUGCAUUACGAAGACUGGCAAAGCACGGUGGACGUUGCAAGGAAGGCUCAGACCUUGCACAAAGAGGCAGAGCAACGAUACGCUCUUGAUCUGCAAAACAGCAUUGACGGAGUCAACCUUAUUCUAGCUGACGCUUUGAUCAAUCAUCAAUCUCCUCGUUAUCACCCAGAGGCAAAGGCACUAUUCCAAGAAGUCCUCCAACGCAAGCCAAAACUGACUGCGGCGUUGCUCGGCGUGGGCUUGAUUUUCGAAGAGGAUGAGGACUACCCCGAAGCCGUCAAAUUUCUGCACCAGGCUGCCGGACGUGAUCCUGAUAAUGUCAGGAUCAAGCUCGAGCUCGCGUGGUGCCGAGCUCAGAACGGCGAAUUGGAUCACGGCCUCCAUGACCUUCACGAAAUCCUCUCAGUCAUCGAAUCUAACAAACAGCCGGAUUUAUCGGUGAAGUCUGUGGUCCUCUACCGCAUAGCCUGGUGUCAGUGGCACGUCAAUGCAUCCAUAGCAGCACGAAAAGACAAGUCGGGUCCUUAUCAGUACCUCAUUUCCUCUGUCAAAGCAAAUCCAAGCUACGCUCCUGCGUAUACCCUGCUCGGUAUAUACUUCCAGGACUACGGCAAGGGCAGCAGGAGCCAGGAACGAGCCAGAGUGGCGUUGCAGAAGGCGUUCGAGCUCUCUACUUCAGAACUUGAGGCUGCGCAUAGGCUCGCAAAAGCGUUUGCGGAUACGGCUGAAUGGGAUCUUGUUGAGUUGGUCGCACGACGCGUUGUCGCUUCGGGAAAAGCAAGACCUGCACCUGGAUCCAAGAAGAGAGCAUACAGUUGGCCAUAUGCCGCUCUAGGUGUGGUGCAAACAAACAGCCAGCAGUACUCCCAGAGUAUAGUGUCCUUCCAGGCGGCCCUGAGAAUUACACCGACCGACUACUAUUCCUGGGUGGGCCUGGGAGAGAGUUACCACAAUGCUGGUCGUCAUGUUGCUGCAACAAGAGCAUUUGCGAAAGCUGAAAGUCUCGAUCAUGGCCUGCCUCCGGACGAGACUUGGUUCGCAAAGUACAUGCUCGCCAACGUUCAACGCGAAAUGGGUCUCUUCGAUGAGGCCAUCAAAGCGUACAAGGAAGUUCUCGUGCUCAAGCCUGAAGAAUUUGGGGUCCUACUUGCGUUGCUUCAGACUAUUUCAGAAAGCGCAUGGGCGAAUGUCGCUCUCGGCAUGUAUGGCGAGGCUGUCAAGCUUGCGAAUUCCGCAAUCGAGGUGGCUACCAAUAUCGCCAAGAACAGUGUUCAAUUCUUCAAUCUGUGGAAAGCAGUUGGCGAUGCUUGCUCUGUUCUGGGACACGUGAAGUUAUAUGCAGAUGCAGCGAGUCUUGAAUCACUUUCAUCGUUGCUGCAGCUGUCCCCCGGAAGCGAGUUGGAGACUCUUGCCGAUCUUGACCAGGUCAGUUUGGACACGCUCAAGGCUGGUGAGGGUGAUUCCCACGCAGAUACCGCCGGAAGAUGCCUAUAUGCUGCGAUUCUGGCGCAUAAGCGAGCCGUCCAUGCUUGUUCUGGAGAUCAACACGCGCAAGCAGUGGCCUGGUAUAACCUCGGUUGGGCUGAACAUCAGGCAUAUAUCUCCGGAGGGGAAUUGAUGAAGGCUGAUGGCAAGAAGCCGCGUCGUUUUCUGAAAGCCGCCAUCAAAUGUUUCAAGCGUGCCAUCGAGCUUGAAGCCAGCAACUCUGAGUUCUGGAACGCUCUCGGAGUGGCCACAAUGACGCUUAGUCCUCAGGUCUCCCAGCACUCGUUCGUCCGGAGCCUACACCUCGCCGAUCACAGUGCCAAAACCUGGACCAACCUCGGAGUUCUCUACCUGAUUCAUGGAGAUCAUCAACUUGCGAACGAAGCGUUCACCCGAGCACAAUCAGAAGAUCCCGAAUAUGCCGAUGCUUGGAUCGGACAAGGUUUGCUGGCUUUGCUAUUCGGAAGCGUUGGUGAAGCAAGAGGACUUUUUAUGCAUGCGUUUGAAAUUGCUGACUCGUCACUAUUACCGCCAAAACGUCACUAUGCAAUGUCAGCUUUCGAUUUCCUGCUCAAGGAUCCUUCUAGAUCCCAAGAAGUCGGCGUCCUCCUGCAACCACUAUUUGCCAUGCGCCAGUACCGUACUCUGCAGCCCAGCGACACAAUCGCGACCCGUCUCAUGGCUCUCCUGGCAGAGCGCGCCGGUGACCAUGCCACCAGUGUCGAAGCACUUCGGGAAGUGUGCGAUGCUGUCGAAGCGGAGUAUGAGAAAUUGGAGUCCAACGAGUACCUUGUCAGAUUCGCCCAAGCGAAGGCGGAUCUAGCCCGGGCACAGCUUGCGAGCGGCGACUACUCAGAUGCUAUUUCGAAUGCAGAAACCGCACUCGACUUGUCUGGCGAAGCUGAUGACUUUGGUCCGACAUACGCAGAAUCUCGGAGGAAAUGGAGGCUGUCUGCGCACGUGUCGGCCGGCCUUGCACACAGCCACCUGCAUAACAUCGACGAAUCUAUCAACAUGUUUCAAGCAGCGCUUGAAGAGUCUGAAAACCAGCCUGAUGUCGUAUGCAUGCUUGCGCAGGUCUUGUGGGCAAAAGGUGGCUCGGCGGAAAAGGAUGCUGCAAGAUCACAACUCUUCGACGUUAUUGAGAACAAUCCCAAGCAUGUGGAAGCCAUAGCGCUCUUGGCCGCGAUGGGGCUUCUCGACUAUGACGAAGAUGUCCUGGAAGCGGUCGAGGAGGAUCUCAAAGCCUUGCGACGCGGUGAUGAGAUCGGAGUUUUAGACAAGAUCAAGGUCACCAAGAUCUUGGCUGGCAUUGUUGGACGCAGACCAAAAGAGGCACAUAUUAGCCGAGCAGACCAAGUGGCCGUGAUUGCAGAGGCUCUUAAUGGGAUCAUGCUCGCACCCGGACAACCACAAGGAUGGCUCGAGCUUUCACAAGCUGCCGAGGAUGAAGAUGCCAGGAACUACGCUGCGGAAAUGGCUGUGCUCAAUGCAAGCAGGCAAAUUCCUCCAGGUGGAAGACUCGAAGCGGGUGAGCUAGCAAAGGCAUAUGUGGGGACGGGGCAGACUGAGGAUCUUCUUCGAGCGAAGAUGCUUGCACCAUGGAGAUUGGAGAUUGAUUGUGGAGCUGCUUGAGACCGAGCGGUUGUCGAUGUGGACUGAUGCUCCCGUGAUGCUUCUCUAGUGUUGUAUCGUAUGAACGGCCCUUGUCAAUCGGACAAGAAGAAGUGUAUGAUGAUGGAUAGAUGAAAAGAUAAGGCGAUCUUGCCACCUAGGUUUCACAAACAAGCUCCUACC